UAUAAGGUGAGGGGUCCGCAGCCCAUGGUCCCCAAGCAGCCACCCAGCUCCGACAUGGCCCAGCCGGUCCACAGCCUCUGCUCCGCCUUUGGCCUCCAGUGCUGCCUCCUCUUCCUUCUAGCUUCUUGGGGGGCAGGUGCUACUACAUUCCAAGAAUAUCAGAAAACUGGGGAACUCUCAACAUCCGAUCACAUAUUUCCCCUCACUCCAGGCCUUGUUUAUAGUAUCCCUUUUGAUCACAUUGUUCUGCAUUCAGGACAAAGACCUCCAGAGCUCCCUAAAUCUACAGAAAUCCAUGAGCAAAAACGCCACUGCAACACCACACGCCAUUCUAAGCCAACUGACAAGCCUACAGGCAACUCCAAAACUACAGACCACAAAAGCUCUACAGAUAAUCAUGAGGCUCCUACCACUUCUGAAGAAAACUCCAGCAACCAAGGGAAAGACCCAAUGAUCCGGAACCAGCGCUCUGUUGAUCCUGCUGACUCCACUACCACACAUAAAGAAUCCGCUGGGAAAAAACAUAUAACGCCAGCACCCAAGAGCAAAAUAAACUGUCGUAAGUCCACAACAGGCAAAUCAACGGUAACAAGAAAAUCAGAUAAAACUGGAAGACCUUUGGAAAAGUCCAUGAGUACUUUGGAUAAGACAAGUACCAGCUCACAUAAGACUACAACUUCCUUCCACAACCCAGGCAAUUCACAGACCAAGCAAAAAAGCACAUCUUUUCCAGAAAAAAUCACAGCAGCCUCAAAAACAACAUACAAGACCACAGGAACCCCAGAAGAGUCAGAAAAAACCGAAGAUUCCAGAACAACAGUUGCCUCAGACAAGCUCCUGACAAAAACUACAAAAAACAUACAAGAGACCAUAUCAGCCAAUGAGAUCACACAAUCUCUAGCAGAGCCUACAGAACAUGGAGGAAGGACAGCCAAUGAGAACAACACACCAUCCCCAGCAGAGCCUACAGAAAAUAGAGAAAGGACAGCCAAUGAGAAGACCACACAAUUCCCAGCAGAGCCUACAGAAAACAGAGAAAGGACAGCCAAUGAGAACACCACACCAUUCCCAGCAGGGCCUACAGAAAAUAGAGAAAUGACAGCCAAUGAGAAGACCACACUAUUCCCAGCAGAGCCUACAGAACAUGGAGAAAGGACAGCCAACGAGAACACCACACCAUCCCCAGCAGAGCCUACAGAACAUGGAGAAAGGACAGCCAAUGAGAACACCACACUAUCCCCAGCAGAGCCUACAGAACAUGGAGAAAGGACCCCAUUUGCCAAUGACAAAACCACAUCAUCCUCAGCAGAGUCUACAGAACAUGGAGAAAGGACCCCACUGGCCAACGAGAACACCACACCAUCCCCAGCAGAGCCUACAGAAAAUAGAGAAAGGACAGCCAAUGAGAACACCACACCAUCCCCAGCAGGGCCUACAGAAAAUAGAGAAACGACAGCCAACGAGAAAACCACACCAUCCCCAGCAGAGCCUACAGAAAAUAGAGAAAGGACAGCCAAUGAGAACACCACACCAUCCCCAGCAGAGCCUACAGAAAAUGGAAAAAGGACCCCAUUUGCCAAUGAGAAAACCACAUCAUCCUCAGCAGAGCCUACAGAACACGGAGAAAGGACCCCACUGGCCAAUGAGAACACCACACCAUCCCCAGCAGAGCCUACAGAAAAUAGAGAAAGGACAGCCAAUGAGAAGACCACACCAUUCCCAGCAGAGCCUACAGAACAUGGAGAAAGGACAGCCAAUGAGAACACCACACCAUCCCCAGCAGAGCCUACAGAAAAUGGAGACAGGACUCCAUUGGCCAAUGAGAAGACCACGCCAUCUCUAGCAGAGCCUACAGAAAAUGGACAAAGGACCCCAUUUGCCAAUGAGAAGACCAUAUCAUCCUCAGCAGAGCCUACAGAACACGAAGAAAGGACUCCACUGGCCAAUGAGAACACCACACCAUCCCCAGCAGAGCCUACAGAAAAUAGAGAAAGGACAGCCAAUGAGAACACCACACCAUCCCCAGCAGGGCCUACAGAAAAUAGAGAAAUGACAGCCAACGAGAAGACCACACUAUUCCCAGCAGAGCCUACAGAAAAUAGAGAAAGGACAGCCAAUGAGAAGACCACAUCAUCCCCAGCAGAGCCUACAGAAAAUGGACAAAGGACCCCAUUUGCCAAUGAGAAAACCACAUCAUCCUCAGCAGAGCCUACAGAACACGGAGAAAGGACCCCACUGGCCAAUGAGAACACCACACCAUCCCCAGCAGAGCCUACAGAAAAUAGAGAAAGGACAGCCAAUGAGAAGACCACACCAUUCCCAGCAGAGCCUACAGAACAUGGAGAAAGGACAGCCAAUGAGAACACCACACCAUCCCCAGCAGAGCCUACAGAAAAUGGAGACAGGACUCCAUUGGCCAAUGAGAAGACCACGCCAUCUCUAGCAGAGCCUACAGAAAAUGGAAAAAGGACCCCAUUUGCCAAUGAGAAGACCACAUCAUCCUCAGCAGAGCCUACAGAACACGCAGAAAGGACUCCACUGGCCAAUGAGAACACCACAUCAUCCCCAGCAGAGCCUACAGAAAAUAGAGAAAGGACAGCCAAUGAGAAGACCACACAAUUCCCAGCAGAGCCUACAGAAAAUAGAGAAAGCACAGCCAAUGAGAAGACCACACCAUUCCCAGCAGAGCCUACAGAAAAUAGAGAAUGGACAGCCAAUGAGAACACCACACCAUCCCCAGAAGAGCCUACAGAACACGGUAAAAGGACAGCCAAUGAGAACACCACACUAUCCCCAGCAGAGCCUACAGAACAUGAAGAAAUGACCCCAUCAGCCAAUGAGAACACCACACUAUCCCCAGCAGAGCCUACAGAAAAUGGAGAAAGGACCCCAUUUACCAAUGAGAAGACCACACCAUCCUCAGCAGAGCCUACAGAACAUGGAGAAAGGACCCCACUGGCCAAUGAGAUCACCACACCAUCCCGAGCAGAGCCUACAGAACAUGGAGAAAGGAUAGCCAAUGAGAAGGCCACACCAUCCCCAGCAAAGCCUACAGAACAUGGAGAAAUGACAGUCAAUGAGGACACCACACCAUCCUCAGCAGAGCCUACAGAAAAUGGAGAAAGGACCCCACUGGCCAAUGAGAACACCACAUCAUCCCCAACAGAGUCUACAGAACAUGGAGAAAGGACAGCGAAUGAGAAGACCACACCAUCCCCAGCAGAGCCUACAGAACAUGGAGAAAGGACACCAUCAGCCAAUGAGAAGACCAUACCAUCUCCAGCAAAGCCUACAGAACACGAAGAAAUGACCCCAUCGGCCAAUGAGAACACCACACCAUCCCCAGUAAAGCCUACAGAACAUGGAGAAAAGACUACAUUGGCCAAUGAGAAGAUCACACAAUCCCUAGCAAAGCCUACAGAACAUGGAGAAAGGACCACAUCACCCAAUGACAAGAUCACCUCAUCUGCAGCAGAGUCUACAGAACAUACAGAUAGGGCUACAUCAGCCAAUGUGAUCACACCAGCCCCAGCAGAGCCUAUAAAACAUGCAAAAAGGACCACAUUGGCCCAUGAGAAGAUGACACAAGUCACAGAAAAGUCCACAGAACACCCAGAAAAGACCACGUCAACCACAGAGAAAACCACAAGAACCCCAGAAAAGCCUACGCUAUACUCAGAGAAGACCAUAUGCACCAAAGGGAAAAACACACCAGUCCCAGAAAAGCCUACAGAAAACCCGGGGAACACCACACUGACCACUGAGACCAUAAAAGCCCCAGUAAAGUCCACAGAAAACCCAGAAAAAACAGCAGCAGUCACAAAGACUAUAAAACCUUCAGUCAAAGUCACAGGAGACAAAUCUCUCACUACUACCUCUUCUCAUCUAAAUAAAACUGAAGUUACUCAUCAGGUGCCCACUGGUUCUUUCACCCUCAUUACAUCUAGAACGAAGCUGAGUUCUAUCACAUCAGAAGCCACAGGCAAUGAGAGCCAUCCAUACCUCAAUAAAGAUGGCUCACAGAAAGGUAUCCAUGCUGGACAGAUGGGAGAGAAUGAUUCAUUCCCUGCAUGGGCCAUAGUUAUUGUGGUCCUGGUGGCUGUGAUUCUCCUCCUGGUGUUCCUUGGCCUGAUCUUCUUGGUCUCCUAUAUGAUGCGGACACGCCGCACACUAACCCAGAACACCCAGUACAAUGAUGCAGAGGAUGAGGGUGGCCCCAAUUCCUACCCGGUCUACCUGAUGGAGCAGCAGAAUCUUGGCAUGGGCCAGAUCCCUUCCCCACGGUGA